AAAAAAAGAAAAGUAAAGUAAAAAUAUAUAAGGAAAUCGAUUAAAAUAUUUAUCGAUCAUAAAAAUAUCAUAAUGAAUGUGGAUGAAGUAAGAAAGACUUUGCAACGUUUCGGCUGGGCUGAUUAUUUGGUUUUUACACUUAUGUUGGCCAGUUGUGCUGUGAUAGGCAUACAUUUUGCUUUGAAAAUGCGUCGAAAAUCAAAAAAAACAUCCAACAUUAAGGAUGCUGAAGAUGAUUAUCUCGUAGGAGGACGUAAAAUGAAAUUAUUUCCCAUCACCAUGUCGCUAAUAUCAAGUUUCAUUUCCGGCAUCACACUCCUAGGCACAACUACCGACGUCUACUUGUAUGGCACUCAGUAUAUGUACACGAUAGGAUCCCUGCUGAUAAUGGGCCUUAUAAUGUACUCCAUCUUUCUGCCAGUCUUUCAUGAAUUGAAACUAAUAUCAACUUAUGAAUAUCUUGAGGCGCGUUUUGAUAAACGCACGCGAUUCUUAGGCUCCACUCUGUUCAUAUUUGGAUCGAUGGCUUGGCUGCCCAUAGUCAUUUAUGUGCCAGCGAUAGCUUUUAAUCAAGCCACAGGUAUUAAUAUCCAUCAAAUAACUCCUUUAGUUUGUCUGGUCUGUAUAUUUUACACAUGUGUGGGAGGCUUGAAAGCAGUCGUUUGGACGGACGUUAUCCAGACUAUCAUUAUGCUCGGCGCUAUGACAUUGGUCCUUGUUAAGGGCACCAUUGAGAUUGGUGGACCAGGAGUUGUUUUUCGUAAAGCCUUAGAAAGUGGCCGCAUUGAACCACCCAAUUUCACGCUGGAUUUAACGGAACGUUAUACGGCCUACUCUUUGUUCAUUGGCGGUAUAGCACAUUGGCUGAAAUCGAACGCCAUCAAUCAGAAUAUGAUCCAAAGGUACCUGGCCUUGCCAACACUAAAAAUGGCCCGCGCCGCAGUUUGGACUUUUAUUACGGGCAUCGUAAUAUUUUUACUCAUUUGCGGUUACUGUGGUCUCCUAAUUUAUGCAACCUAUUCUGAAUGUGAUCCCUUACAAACUAAGUUAACUCAGCACAAAGAUCAGCUGUUGCCUUUACUGGUGAUGGAUACCUUAGGCGAUUUUCCUGGUUUACCUGGCCUAUUCGUGGCAGGAGUGUUCAGCGCUGCUCUAUCAUCUUUAUCGACUGGUUUGAAUUCUAUGUCAGCGGUUAUUCUGGAGGAUUUUUUCAAAUCAUGGGUCGCAACCCCAUUAACAGCGACCCAAACGGCUUAUAUAAUGCGCUCGGUCGUUGUAAUAUUUGGCGCCAUCUGCGUAGCUUUGGUAUUUGUUGUCGAAAAGCUGGGAACUGUAUUGCAAUUAAGUAUAACACUAUCAUCAGUGUCUAACGGUCCAUUGCUGGGUAUAUUCACGGCAGGCGUCAUGUUGCCUUGGGUAGAAGAACUGGGCAUACUGUUCGGUGGCAUUACCAGCUUAAUAUUUAUGGUUUGGCUGUGUGUAAACGCCAAAUUGAACGAAGCCAAAGGCUUUAAAAUCGAUAUUCGGAAGCCGUCUUCAAUAGCCGGUUGCAAUUACACGUUUUCCGAUUUUACCGCUUUAAGUCUGGUUGCAGAUAAUUCCACUGAAACUGUAAAAGAAGUUAGUCCAUCAGGUUUCCAUAUUUACAACAUCUCGUUUCUGUACUACACAAUGCUUGGUGCUCUGAUUACUAUAACUAUUGCUUCAAUUGCAAGUUUUUGCCUGGGAUUCAAUAAAGUUGAGCAUGUAGAGCCUAAACUGCUGUCGCCGUUUGUGAGGCGCUGGCUGGAUCGACGCAAAGAAAGGAAACGCGCAAUUCAUCUGUCGAAGUAUACGAAACCGAGAUGUGUAAAAGUUCAGGUGAAGCAAACCGAGACGAAAGCUUAAAAUGUUUGCAGUCAAUCAUAACCACAAUACCUAUGCAAUAGAAUUGAAGGUGAAGCAAGCGAUUAUUGUUAAUUAAUUUCUUGUUUUGUUUGUUUUCUUUAAAUAUAAAUAAAAUAAGUUAUUAGAAAUAAAAAAGCGGUGAACAAAACAC